AUGGCCCGGACGCACCUCUCGGGGUCAUCGACCCUCAGAAAUCGCAACCGGAUCACCAACAAAACUCGCUUGAGGAUCAUCAAGGGCAACGUUGACGCUGAGGACCUUUUCAUCCCCGACGAAGACGAAGAGAAAGCCCGUCUCACCAACCUCGUCGCUGGAGUCGACGUCGAGGACGCCAAUGAGCAUCACUUGCAGCAAGUCUUGUCCGCCUCGCAUCGGACUCAGGUCGAGAAGAAGGCCGAGGAGAAGGCCGCUUUCAUCCCGACCCCGGACUCGACUGGUGUCGUUCCAAAUGCAGACGAGUUUUAUCCCCCUAACCGAUGGAGAGACCCGGCCACUUAUGUGGCCACUUCGACCACCGUUGAUGAGGCUGUCAGGGAUGGGAUUGCAGGAGGAUUCACAUAUUAUAUGGACGAACGCGACAAGGAAUGGCUAGACAGGAACAACGAAGAGGCUAGAGGUGAAGGUACCAGUGCCCAAGGCGCUGUCUCCUCACCGACUAGCACACGCACAUCUGCUCGAAGCGCCAAAGCAAAGGGCAAAGAGCCAGACCUCAACCAACCAACAACAAUCUCUGAAGACGAGUUUGAACUCGUAAUGGGUCUGUUCGAAAAGAUUACACAUGACAAGACCGAGUUUCUUCACGUCGGUCUGGCCAAUAACCACAUGGCUUUCCCAUCAUUCGCGGAAUACCAGCCUAUAUUCGCCUCGCCACUCACGCCUGAUAUGUUUGCCUCGUACACGAUCCCCUCCUGGAUACCCCAACCCUCCCAUCUUCUCCGCCUAGCAAGAAUCAUCUACCCAUACUGGAAAGAACGACGACUCGAGCGCGAAGGCCACCGCAUCAUACCCACUCUCAACUUUGACGAAACAGAUACUCUCAACGAGUCCUACAUCUGUUUCAGACGUCGCGAGAUCAAGGCAGUCCGCAAGACGCGUCAAGCACAGGCGUCGUACUCUGAUAAACUCUCCCGACUGCAGGCAGAGUUUGCUUUCCCGUUGGAGCUUGCCAAACUUGUCCUACAGCGAGAGCUGAAGAAGAAGGAGAGUGCGAUGCAGGGGCAGGAGGUGUGGCAGAAGAGGUUGGCGUUGGUGGAUCUGAAACGCAAGUUUCCUUCGUUUUCGGAAGCAGACGAGGAGCUUCUCGUGGACAAGGAGCGACCAAGGAAGCCCGACGUUGUCCGUCUGCCACCGCGGCCGCCUCGACCAAGCGAGAUUUUCACUCCAAUCCCCCAAGUCGUCAUCAAGCCACGCGAACGAAUCGCGCAGGUCAGACAACAAACCGAAUCCAUCCUCGCAAAGCAGAAGGAAGCAGACAGAAGUUGGGAAGAUGUCAUCGACAACCCCUACCAAGCCCCUGCUGUCCCUUACGCAUCCCGCCUCUUCCAAUACCUCCCGCCCUCCGGCGCGCCUUCCCACCCCUCCAGCAGUUCCGACAAGACCUCCGACAGCGACGACGAACGUCCUGCGAAGGCGCCACGCGUUGCUCGCGCGGUUCGGCUUCGCUACGGCCGUGGUGGUCGUCUGCUUAUGGAUCGCCGGGACGCUGCGCCUCGGCGUCCUAUCCCGAAGGCUGCCCGUUCGUCACUGUUUGGUGGUGGUGAUGAUGACGAUAUGGAGGUGGACGAGCAGGAUCCUGAGGAGGUUGAGCGCUUGAAGAGGCUUGAAGCUCAGUGGAGGUAUGAUGCUGAUGAUGGUCCUGCUUGUGGACCUGAAGGACCGGAAGAGCAGGAUCGUAUUCUUGUGGAUGAUUAUGAUCCUACGUACUUGCGACAUGCCAUGACACUGUUCACUGAAGCCGAUCACGCCCACCUAUCAGUCGACCCGACAAUCCAUCUUCCCAACGCCAACGGCCAGCAAUCCUCGGUCAUCCCGUACAGAUUAGGUAUGCCACCCAUGGUACGCCGAGAUGCUCAAGGCAACUUGCGGCCUGUCCAUCCUAUGACUGGGGCGUUCCUUCCUGGCAUUGUGCCACAACACCCGGGCCUCCGCGCACCCAACGCGAUGCACCACCAGAUCCGAAAAAUGCCGCCGCCCAACGUGCUCCCGCAGAUGCGCAUCUCGUCGAAUGGAGGCAUGCGCCCGCCUAGUGUGCCGCCGUCUGGUGCUCAGUCUAUGCCGGCUCAACCACCGACGACGACGCCAUUCCCGCAGAACCCGGCGGCGAACGGUGUUAAUGGCGCUACACGACCGGGGAUUGCGAUGCCCCAUGUCAACUUGGCCAAGCCACCUGAACAGAUUGUGAACGGUCAAGCUGCUGCUGCUACUGCUUCUGGUUCGCAAUCGAGGGAGGCGACUCCUCAGCAAGACGGGGCUGCUAAUGGCAACGGUGUUGCUGUCCCUCCACGGCCCAAGUCACAGAACCAAACGCCCGUUGCGCUCAGUGUGCCCGCUAAUGGGUUCCACCUCACCCCGUUGAACCCACUCAACAACGCCACACCGUACGCUCAUGCCCUUCAGAGAUCAGCUCCUCUCCUCCAGAAGACGCCGCAAGAGAUCAAGGCUGCGCUGGCGAAUGGGACCUUGAAUUUGUCGCCGCAGGAUAUUGCUGCGUUGCAGGCUCAGGCUCAAGCACAAGCGCAGGCGCAGCUUCAAGCACAAGUACAAGCACAGGCGCAGGCUUCCAACAACCAAGCCAAUUCCAAUGGUAUUCCCAACGGCAAUCCUGCUACGAAUCCCAGUAAUGGAGCGGCUGUUCAACAGCUUUCGGCAGCUGAGAUCAAGGCUAGGCAGAUGCAGUGGGCUGCGUUGGGUGUUGGAGCGCAGAGGGCUGCUGUUGGUGUUAAUGGUGUAGUGGCGGCUGGUGGGAAUGCUCAGGGAGGAGGUCCAGGGGGAGUGAGUGCUAAUACCAAUGGGGAGGCUGGUGCUGGUGGUGCUGGCGGUGGUCAGACGGCGAUUUGGCAUCGGAUUGGGAAGCCACCGACGUAUGAUCCUCGGUCGCUUGCUAUUUGCUAG